AUGCCUUUUGAUACUCCUCAUCUUGAAUUGUUGCUAACCUGUCGAACUCCCGCAAAAGCAUCGAUUCUGGAUCAAGUAGACAUACCACUCAAGCCUGUCCAGGUUGAAGGAGAUUUCUUCGCACCCGACCACAACCUGUCCAUCUAUCGCCAGCUGCCAAGCCCUCAUGUCGAUGCAGCUUGGGAUCGCAUUUCAACGCUUGGACAGGUAUUCCUCACCACAGAGGAGGUCGUAAAACUGGGCAAAGACCCAACCAUGACUGUCCGAGAUAAUGAUCACCCGGAGAUGCAUAUCGGUCUGGUGAACGCUUUUCACGAGAUUCAUUGCUUGAACGUGCUACGUCAAAACCUCCACCGCGAUUACUAUUGGCCUGAUGGUAUAAAUUCCCCAUUUCAUUGGGUUCAUCUCUACCACUGCCUGCACCUGAUUCUUCAGUCUCUUACCUGCAACGCCAAUACGGAUCUUGUCACUUACAACUGGGUGGAGACGCGAUCCGAGCCUGUGUGGGACUACGCCAUCAACCGCGUCUGUCGAGACUUUGACGCUCUGCUUGAAUGGCACAAUCGAACAACGCGCCCUAUUGACGACUAUAACUUUCAUCGAGUGGGAGGUGAGAAGGAGCGGCCGGCGCCGGACCAGCUAAAGCGAAUCGUGGCACAUGGGUCAGAUUCCCGGAUCUCAAGCAGGCUCUUUAAUAUGCAGAAAGAUAUGAUGGCCAAUCAAUAG